AUGGUUUUUGUAUUGGUACUCGGAUUGGAUUCUGCUUUUGAGCCUCGUGUUGCAUAUUGUGAUGCUGCAGCUGCAAUAGAUGAUGAUUACCUUGCUUCUAUACGGAAAAUGUCUGCGGAUGUUUUGCAGCGUGAACCGUUUACAUACAUUCCUAGUUCUAAGGAAUACAAUAUCCAGCCAAAGCCAGUUUUCUCUGCCUUCGAGUUCAGAUCACUUGCAAUGACUACAGUGAGAUCCCUCCUGAUGUUCUAUUUGCCACUUUUGGAGCCUAAAACGGCUCCAGAGGACGAUGAGGAUUUCCUAAACAAUGGCGAAGAAGAACGCCGCACCGACUUGAUUGCUCCUCUUAAAAAGUCAGCAAAGCAAAUUGCUCGUGAGACCACAGUCGUAACCACUCGGAGACUUCUUGAAAGGCUGGCUUUGAGUUAUGUCUCACAGCGUAUGGCAUGGAAACUUCUAAAGGAUGUGCCUCAAUCGGCUUUACGUAAGGCCGAGAGAGGGUGGCCCACCCAUGUAUAUAUCUUCAAAGUCAGCCAGACAACUCUUAGAGGACAUUUCCUCGGAGUUGCAGCAUCAUGGGCAGUUCAGGUAGGCAUAGAAAUCUACAGAUGUGUGUUCCGGUAUGUUAAACCCGAGGAAGAAGAAGAGGAACCGGUGCAGGUAUCAGUGCAAGCAAAGGAUCUCGGAAACAAAGUUGUAGGUAUCACUGUACGGUGCGGGGCUUCCUUAGUGUUUGCUGCCAUCGGAGCUGGUAUAUGCUCUUGCCUCACCCGUCCCUCCACGGGCCAAUGGAUCGGGUGCGCGCUGGGGGACUUGGCUGGUCCGAUGGUUGUUUCGCUUUGCCUGCAGAAGACUCUUCAAGCUGAUCUUUAA